AUGAAUAACGAAACAUCCGUUGCUGAUCCAGCAGUUGGUUCCCAAAAUGUUAAUGAUAACGAUUUGGCCCCAUCUGAUUCUGGAUCUCACUCGAUUUUAGAAAACCAAUCAAAUAAGGGUGAAGAUGAUGAAAUGAAAGAUUUCGGUGAUAAUGAAAUCGCUCCUCAUGAAAUGCCAAAGAAGCCAGCCUCUGAAUAUGUUACCGUCUCUAUUUUAUGUCUAAUGAUCGCCUUUGGUGGUUACGUUUACGGUUGGGAUACUGGUACCAUUUCCGGUUUCGUUUCUCAAACUGAUUGGAUUAGAAGAUUCGGUCAAAAGCAUCACGAUGGUACUCAUUAUUUAUCUAAAGUUAGAACUGGUUUAUUAUUAGCUAUCUUCAAUAUCGGUUGUGCUAUUGGUGGUCUAUUGUUCUCCAGAUUAGGUGAUAUUUACGGUCGUAGAAAGGCUUUAGUUUUUGUCACCGUUGUCUAUAUGGUCGGUUUAAUUAUUUCUAUUGCUUCUAUUGACAAAUGGUACCAAUACUUUAUCGGUAGAAUUAUCUCUGGUAUGGGUGUUGGUGGUAUUGCCGUCUAUUCUCCAUUAUUGAUUUCCGAAGUUUCUCCAAAACAUGUCAGAGGUACUUUAGUCUCAUGUUACCAAUUGAUGAUUACCUUAGGUAUUUUCUUAGGUUACUGUACUAAUUAUGGUACCAGAAACUACUCUAACUCUGUUCAAUGGAGAGUUCCAUUAGGUUUAGGUUUUGCUUGGGCCUUAUUUAUGAUUGCUGCCAUGUUCUUCGUCCCAGAAUCUCCACGUUACUUGAUCGAAGUCGGUCAAUUCGAAGAAGCUAAGCUUUCUGUCGCUAGAUCCAAUAAAUUAACUGUCGAUGAUCCAUCUGUUAUCGCUGAAGUCGAAUUUUUGACUGCAGGUGUUGAAGCUGAAAAGGCUGCUGGUUCUGCUUCAUGGGGUGAAUUGUUCCAAACCAAGGGUAAGAUUUUACAUCGUGUUAUUAUGGGUAUUAUGGUUCAAACAUUACAACAAUUGACUGGUGCAAACUACUUCUUCUUCUACGGUACUUUGAUUUUCGCUUCUUCUGGUUUAGAAGAUGGUUUCGAAACAUCUGUCAUUAUUGGUGUCGUCAAUUUUGUCUCCACCUUCCCAGCUAUUUACAUUGUUGAUAGAUUUGGCCGUCGUACUUGUCUAUUAUGGGGUGCUGCCGGUAUGAUUUGUUGUAUGGUUGUCUUCGCUUCCGUCGGUGUCACCAGAUUAUGGCCAAAUGGUCAAGAUCAACCAUCUUCUAAGGGUGCUGGUAACUGUAUGAUUUGUUUCACUAUGUUCUUCAUUUUCUGUUUUGCUACCACUUGGGCUCCAUGUGCCUAUGUUAUUGUCUCCGAAUCCUUCCCAUUGAGAAUUAAGGCUAAGGGUAUGUCAUUGGCCAUUGCUGCUAACUGGAUGUGGAAUUUCUUACUAGGUUUCUUUACUCCAUUUAUCACUGGUGCUAUUAACUUCUACUAUGGUUACGUUUUCAUGGGUUGUCUAUGUUUCUCCUGGGUUUACGUUUUCUUCUUCAUUCCAGAAACUAAAGGUUUGACCUUAGAAGAAGUCAACACUAUGUGGGAAGAAGGUGUCUUACCAUGGAAAUCAUCUGAAUGGGUCCCACCAAACAAGAGAGGUGCUGAUUAUGAUGUUAAUGCUAUGGCUAAUGAUGACAAACCAUUAUUCAAGAGAAUGCUUGGUAAAUAA